GUAGGGUUUCGCGGGGAGACGACGACAACGCCCCGCAAUUGUGACGACGUCGGCGACGACGACAGUGAUCGUGAUGGGCGGGACCGGGCUCCGGUUUUUAUCAUGAAUCGUAGCGAGUCUUUUGCUAGAUUUUACACAUCUCCUCUGAAUGAACACCUGGUUUAACAAUCAUCGACAAGGCACGACCACCAAGAAAGAUCGUCGUGAGGACCUUCCCAACGCGCCAUAGACAGAGGGAUAUUGGAAGUCAAUCCGUCACCCGUGAAACAAGAAAAUCACCUCGGGAUGCCUUACUCUCUCAAAGGACGCAACGUCCUCAUCACCGGAGGCAGCAAAGGUCUCGGCGCCGAGAUCGCCCUCAAGUUCGCGCUCGAAGGGUGCAAUCUCGCGAUCAACUACCUCUCGGACCGGGACACCGCCGAGGCCCUCGCGACACGGCUCUCGGGCGCGCACGCGAUCCGCGCCAUCACGCUGCGCGGCGACGGCGGGUCCCCGCUCGACAUGCAGGCCUGCAUCGCCCAGACCGUGGAGGGCCUCGGCGGGCUCGACAUCAUCAUCGGCAACGCGGGCUGGACGAAACACACCAGCCUGCCCUUCGGCGAUCUGUCCGCGCUGAGCUACGACGACUGGGACCGCUGUUUCGCGGUCAACGUGAAGGGCAACCACGCGCUGCUCGCGGCCGCGAUGCCCAUCUUCGAGAGGAACCCCGACGGGGGCUGUUUCAUCAUGACGAGCAGCAUCGCGGGCCGGGCGCUGCAGGGCAGCAGCAUGGCGUAUUCGGUGACCAAGGCCGCGCAGUUGCAUCUGAUGAAAUGCCUGGCGAACACGCAGGGCGGGGCCGAGGGCAAGGUGAGGGUGAACGCGGUCUGCCCCGGCCUGCUGCUGACGGAGUGGGGGAUGAAAUUCGGGGAGGAGAAGAUCGAGGCGAUCAAACAGGCGGCGGUGUUGAAGCGCGAGACGGACCUGGGCGAUUGCGCGGAGGCGUAUGUCAUGCUGGCGAGGAACACUUCGAUCACGGGCCAGGCGGUGCAGGUAGACUCCGGGUUGGUAAUUCAGCAUCUCUAGAUUUGGAGGGGUGGGUUGCGGCCGGGGAAGAUGGAGGUCGAUUUGGUUGUUCAGACGAUAAGGAUUGAACGAUACAGCUGUAGCGAAUUUUGGAAAUAGGCACGACAACAUCUCGGCAAGAGACCACAGCCUCCCCUUUCACGCCCUACCAUCAUUUGUGUGCGUGUGUGUGUGUGUGUGAGAUAGAGAGAGAGAGAGAAUGGAAAAGGGCGAGAAAGAGCAGAAGGCUGGGUUGUACUGAAAGUCUUCCAAUUCCGCAAUGACAUUUCCUACAUUUUCCACUAAACACCACCGUCGCCUCUCGUUGAAAAACCCAAAAGGAAGAGCGAGAUGAGCCAUUCCAUUCUCCCCCCACACCGUCUCCACUUCUCAAGGAAUCCCUCUUCUUACAAAUACAGCGACUGCGCCGCCACGAUGUCCCUGCGGACCUUGGUGAGCGCCAUCUCGAACUUCGCCUUGAGUUC